AUGACCGCGGCCGCAGCGGCGGCGUCGUCGGCGGCGGCGGCGCUACCAGUCGUUGACCUGCGGUCCUUCGACUCGGUCGAGGACCUGGCGGCCGACCUCAUGCGCGUCGGCAAGGACCCCGGUUUCUUCUACGUUGUUGGACACGAGCUGCGCGACGACGUUGCAGCCGACAUGUUUGCUCUCGCCGAGACUUUCUUCAGCUCACCCCUUGAAGAGAAGUUGGCGUACGCCAACGGCAGCGGCGAUCUGGGUUACACCGGUAUGAGAGAAGAAACGCUUUCUGGAGCAGGGCCGGGCGACGUUAAAGAGUCCUUUUACCUAUCAGACCCCGGUAAAACGACGCAGCUACUUCCAACCGAAUUGGAAUCCCGCCGGGAAACAAUGGCAGCCUUCUUUGCGGGUUGCGAUAGCCUCGCAAAGACUCUUUUGGAAGGACUUGCAGUUGGACUAGGCAUGCCAAGAGAUUUUCUAUCAAAGGCCCAUACUGGCGAAAGUUGGCGUAUGCGUCUCAUAAACUACCCCCCGGUAUCCCAGGUCUCAUCAUCCACAACUUCCUCCUCCACCUCCCCAGACGACGCCCCGACCUCCCACGCGAAGGAUAUCCGAGCGGGCGCCCACUCCGAUUACGGCUCACUCACCCUGCUUUUCCGCCAGCCCUCAGACCAGGGCGGGCUUCAGGUCCUGCGAGGAGGAGGAGGAGACAACAACGCCGCUGCGUGGGCCGACGUCCCCUGCAUACCCGACGCCGUUGUCGUCAACAUAGGCGACGCCCUCGAGUUCUGGACCGCAGGGAGGCUGCGGUCCACGGUGCACAGGGUCGCCUUUCCCAGGUCCGCGAGCGAGAAUGUCGCCAGGUUGAGCAUACCCGUCUUUAUACAGCCUGACCGCCAUGUCGUGUUGGCGCCGAUCAAGGAGGACCGAAAAGAUGACGGCGGCGCGGAUGCCGAGUUUUUGGAGGUUUUGAGGAGAAAGGGGUAUGAGAGUGCCGAGCCUGUUACGAGUCGGGAGCAUUUGGAGCGGCGGAUACGGGCGACGUACGGCAAGGUUUGA